AUGGAGGCGGCAGGAGCACUGGCGAGCUUAGCACCGUCACCAAUCACAGUGCUCGGUCUGAUACCACUCCUAGCACUAGGAAUUACGUAUUUCAGAUAUCAGCAAUACGAUCCGGAGUCUUACAUAUCGGAUGUCAACACUAUAUUGCCAAUUUAUGACUUUGUAGUAGUCGGUGGCGGGUCGGCCGGCGCGGUCGUCGCCUCCCGGCUCUCAGAGGUCGGUAACUGGUCAGUACUGCUGUUAGAAGCCGGCUACGACGAGAAUGAGAUAUCGGAUAUCCCCGCGCUGGCCGGCUACACGCAACUCUCCGAAAUGGAUUGGCAUUAUCAAACCACACCUUCCCACAACCGCUCAUACUGCCUCGCCAUGAACACCGACCGUUGCAACUGGCCCAGAGGCAAGGUACUCGGCGGCUGCAGUGUUCUCAACGCCAUGGUCUACGUAAGAGGCAACCGCAACGACUACGACCUAUGGGAGGCCUUGGGCAAUCCCGGCUGGGCGUACGAUCAAGUCCUGCCCUACUUCUUGAAAUCCGAAGACAACAGAAAUCCAUACUUAGUAAACACGCCAUACCACUCCGCCGGUGGAUACCUAACUGUACAAGAGGCACCUUGGCGAACACCGCUAUCGGUAGCGUUCCUCAAAGCCGGAAUGGAACUGGGUUAUGAAAAUCGUGACAUAAAUGGAGCGAAACAGACCGGUUUUAUGCUGACCCAGGCGACGAUCCGGCGCGGGAGCCGUUGCAGCACGGCCAAGGCCUUCCUACGCCCCGUCCGUCAAAGAAGCAAUCUUCACAUUGCUUUGGGCGCUCAUGUAACAAGGAUAUUAAUUAAUCAAGUCAAAAAACAAGCGUACGGUGUGGAGUUUAUACACAAAGGUCAACGACAGAAGGUGCGGAUAAAGAGGGAAGUCAUAAUGUCAGCGGGAUCUUUAUCCACUCCGAAACUGAUGAUGUUGAGUGGCAUUGGCCCAGCGGACCAUUUAAGAGAGCAUGGCAUUCCCGUAGUAGCCGACCUAAAAGGAAUGGGUCGUAACUUGCAGGACCACGUCGGAUUGGGCGGCCUCACUUUUCUGGUAAACAAGCCUAUCACAUUCAAAAAGGACCGGUUCCAAACAUUCUCGGUUGCAAUGAACUACAUUCUAUACGAGAAAGGCCCGAUGACUACACAGGGGAUCGAGGGUCUCGCCUUUGUUAACACGAAGUAUGCCCCUCCAUCCGGCAACUGGCCCGACAUACAGUUUCAUUUCGCUCCCAGUUCUAUCAACUCUGACGGAGGAGAACAUAUACGAAAGAUACUUAAUUUACGUGACCGUUUCUACAAUACGGUGUACAAGCCAAUAGAAAAUGCAGAGACGUGGUCCAUCCUACCACUUCUGUUACGCCCGAAAAGUUCGGGUUGGGUGAAGCUGAAAAGCAGGAAUCCAUUCCACCCACCUCUCAUAGAACCUAACUACUUCGCAUACAAAGAAGACAUAAAAGUGCUCACUGAGGGUAUAAAAAUCGCGAUGGCCAUCUCCAACACUACGGCAUUCCAGAGAUACGGAUCGAAGCCGCACAACAUACCUUUGCCUGGUUGCCAGCAUCUCCCACUUUUCAGCGACGAAUACUGGGAAUGCUGCAUGAAACAAUUCACUUUCACGAUUUACCAUCCCACCGGUACGUGUAAGAUGGGGCCGAAGCAUGACCCAGAAGCUGUCGUAGACCCAAGACUUCGCGUCCACGGUGUGGCUAAUUUAAGAGUGGUAGAUGCGAGUAUUAUGCCAACAAUCAUUAGCGGAAAUCCCAAUGCUCCUGUUAUUAUGAUAGCAGAGAAGGCAUCCGAUAUGAUUAAGGAGGAUUGGCUAGUAUUAUGA